AUGGAUUCAAAGACUGACAGCGAACAGCAGCCUGUGCCGUUUCGCACGUCGCUUCUGAAAACCACGAGCUCCGAUGGUGUUGUAGAACCGGCGGUGCCUUUACUACCAGCGACAUAUCGAAAAGAUUACAGAAUAGAGCCUGUCCAAGCCGAUAUUCACGCAUUUCUCAACGUCGAACUCAACGUCCAAAGAUUGAACCAAGUACACGAAUGGCUUUGGCUUGCUGGACUCCCAUCGGCACCCAGGCCACUGCAUUACCAAAUCGUCAAGAAAAGAGAGAUUGUAGUGACGGAACAGCUGGACUUGCAUUUCGUCUGGUCCUCAUCGAAGUCUUCGUCCAUUUUGAUCAAGCCGCUAUCUCGCUUCCUCUUCUGCCCCGUUUUCUGGCAGACUGAGAUUUGCCCGCAUCAACAUCUGUACGAGACGGCGCUAGGAUUCCUGUUGUCGUAUGUUGCGCUUAUCGAACGAGAGGUCGACUACAACUUGGCCAUCAACAACGGUCUGUUUCCCAAGGAGAUUACCUGGUCUGGAUGGUUGGCGCUCGCGAACGAAAUCUCGAGCUCCCUGCCUCAGGCCCCCCAACUCGACGAGGCUGUGCUGUCACGCAUGGAAGCUAGUAGGGGCUGCAAGCGCGUCAAUAAACGCUUCAACUAUGGCGAGUUGCGCCUUGGGCGCCUAAACUGGAUAUAUCGCUUGACCAUACUUAGGCGAGUUUCCCUCAUUACGUGGUUUGCGUACACGACAAUCGUCCUCUCGGCCAUGCAGGUCGGGCUCUCGACAAAGCCCCUUGAGGAUGACUACGCUUUCAGCAUGGCAUCGUAUGUCUUCUCCAUCUUCUCCAUCUUGGCGCCGCUCGCGUGCAUCGUCACCAUCACGGUAGUCAUGAGCUUCCUGGUCAUCGUCAACCUGGCGCGCACGCUGAAGAUUCGCGGACAAAAACGGCGUGAGGGGGUCAAAGUAUGA